ACGACAGCUGCGCGCAGUCCGUCUCGCCGCGCCGCCCUCUCCGUGUUGCCGCCUGCUCCACGGGCCGCCACACCUUGGUUCGCGCCGUACAGUCAGCCGUCACACCCAGGACCUCCACUCAGCGUCACAGUGAACAUCCUCAUCAAAAGCAUGAGUGAAGUCUCUGAGGGAGAUCAGCACUACACGCUGGACUGCUACUUCCGGCAGACGUGGACCGACCGCCGGCUCACGUUCGACUUCCCGGGCCUGGACGAGUUCUCGCUGUCGUGGCUGUUCCUGGACCGCGUCUGGAAGCCGGACACGUUCUUCCUCAACGGCAAGAAGUCGCACCUGCACCGCAUCAGCGUGCCCAACAAGUUCCUCCGGCUGCGGCACGACGGCCUCCUCACCUACUCCAUGAGGCUGACAAUCCAGGCUCGAUGUCCCAUGCAUCUGCGCAAGUUCCCACUGGACUCGCAAGCUUGCCCGUUGGUCAUUGGAAGCUACGGCUACCGGUCGUCGGACGUGGUGUACCGCUGGCUGGGCGGCAGCUCCAGCGUCGUCGUGGAGGGCGUCGAGCUGGCCCAGUACGACCUGGUGCGCGUCACCACCAAGGAGAACAUCAGCGUCUUUUUCGGCGACGACGAGUACUCGGUGCUCCGGUGCGUGUUCAGCAUGAAGCGGCGCACGGGCUACUACAUGCUGCAGGUGUUCCUGCCCUGCGGACUCAUCGUGUGCUGCUCUUGGGUCGCCUUCUGGAUAGACCCGGACGACGUGCCCGGCCGCGUCGCUAUGGGUGUGAUGACGGUGCUGUCGAUGGCCAACAUGGGGUUCGGCGGCCGCUCGCAGAUGCCGCGCGUCUCGUACGCCACGGCGCUGGACUACUUCGUCAUCCUAUGCUUCUCGUUCGUCUUCGCCGUCGUCAUAGAGUACGCCGCUAUCAACUUCAUCGACAAGACGCAGCUGGACGCCACUCGCAGCCAGAAGAUGAAGAAGCCCAAGACCACUGCAGCACCUGAAGGACCUCCGACAGUGCCUGCUCUCGUUGUAGAGCUGGCAAACGAGGGAACACAGAAGGGCGAAUCCGCGGGCGAGGACAGCGGCCUGGAGACGGACGAGAUGCCCGCACGCAUGCAGCGCUCCGCCAGCCUCACACACGCGCCCCGGGACUCCUCUGUUGACGCACCAGGCGGGUCGCUAAAGGCGCCAUCUGCUGCUGGUUUGCGGAGACGCAGUGAGGCGGCGCUGCUGUCGGUGCCCGGCCUCGCGCCAGUGCGCAGGCGCAGUGUGGCGGCCAUGGCGUCUCUGCGUGGCUCCAUCAUGGACCUGCGGAGGGCCGCCAGCUCGCUGCGGCGAGAGAAGGGCGACAAGUUCUCGCGCAUCGACAUGGCCGCGCGGAAGGCCUUCCCUGUCGCCUUUACCUCCCUGCUCGGCCUCUACUGGCUGCUCUACAUGUACUACGUCACCGACGAGCUGCCCCUCAAAGCUGCCGCCAGCCUGCUCAUGGGAGUACCCGUACCUGCCAACUGAUGUCCCCACACCUGCUCAACUACAUUCAGCACAUCUCGUACUGGCGUCUACUGACAGGAGGAGUCUUCCCCGAGUUUGUGACUACAUGAUAUAUAGUUCUGCGGCGAUGAAGUCGACAAGUCCCACUCAAAAUGUUCGCCACUUAUGUGAUGACACUUGUGCAGCAACUGAGUAGAAAAACAGUGCCAGUUCCGGCAGAAAACAAACCAUAUCAUUCUGCGCUCCCUGGUAACACCAGAAGACCACUAGUUACUGGUGGGUCCACUCUGUUACCUGACUCUAGUUUUUAAUUCACUUGUGCUUACACCUGCCUGAUUUUGGGGGAAGGAGAAGGGUUGAGUCCCAGAAAUUCUGUAUUUUCUGCUACUUUUUGCAUAUUUAUACAUUCAUGUAAACAAGUGUCCUCUGAAACUUGCUGGCAGAUUAAAACUGUGUUCCAGACUGGGUCUCAAAGCUGGGACCUUGGUCGUUUGCGGGCAAGUGCUCUACCGACUGAGCUAUCCAAACAGGACUCACAAACUUGCCCCCACAGCUUUACUUCUGUCAGUAGCUCGUCUCCUACCUUCCAGACUUCACAGAAGUUCUCCUGUAUGUCUUGUGGGACUAUCUCUCCUGGAAGAAAGUCUAUUGUGGAGACGCAGCACAGCCACAGCUUGGGGGUUGUUUCCCAUAAGGUAUGUAGGAGAAUUUGUGUAAAGUUUGGAAGGAAGGCCACUGGCGGAUGCAAAGCUACGAGGGCAGGUUCAUGAAUCAUGCUUGGAUUGCUUAAUUAGUAGAGCACUUGCAAAGGUCCCAGCUUCGAGUUCCAGUCUGGCACACAGUCUUAAUUUUCCAGGAAAUUUCAAAUCAGCACACACUCUGCUACAGAGUGAAAUUUCAUUCUGGAGUGUUCUCUGCUUACGUAUCAGCGGCAGUGACAGCAGUUUUUGCCAUCUUUGGAUUUAACAGUUACCUUUGCCAACAUCAUUUUUAAUGUUAAUGACAGGCUCAAACUAAAGCGAUAAAAUGUCACUAUUCUUACAUUUUACCAUUAUUAUGUACAAAUAGCAAUUACUCUCUACAGGGUGGGCCGGCCGCGGUGGUCUAGCGGUUCUGGCGCUGCAGUCCGGAACCGCGGGACUGCUACGGUCGCAGGUUCGAAUCCUGCCUCGGGCAUGGGUGUGUGUGAUGUCCUUAGGUUAGUUAGGUUUAAGUAGUUCUAAGUUCUAGGGGACUUAUGACCUAAGAUGUUGAGUCCCAUAGUGCUCAGAGCCAUUCUCUACAGGGUGGUCAGAAAAUGUGUGAAAUGCUUGUAGGGAUGUUACAGGGCAGGUUGUGCUGAGACAGAAAUGUUAAGAAAGAAAUUCGACACGUUGCUCCGUUUCCGCGUGGCGCGCUCGCAUCCAAGCGGCCUGCCAGGGGCGGGGCGGUGUUGCCCAGCGAGUGCUUUGUCUCGUUAGCUGAAACUUGAAUUUACGAACGCGACGAUGUGAUUGGCUAACUUCAAUGCUAAAUAACUCGGAAACGGUGCAACGUAUCGAAUUUUUUUUUUUUUUUUUUGUAACAUUCAUAUCUCAGUACAACCUGCCCUGCAACAUCCCUACAAGCGUUUCAGUCAUUUUCUGACCACACUGCAUACAUAGGUUUGAAUUCUUAGAAAGAGAUGUUUUACUAAGUUUGCAAUUUGUAGUUACUAUAUGUCAGGCAUACAAGUGCCUCGCUCCUCGUACCCAAGAUAGAGGACCACACAUGUUACUUCGUUUCACUUCACACAUUUCUAUUCCUUGAAAGCCUUCUUUUUUGAAAAAGUGUUUUAGCUGCAGAAAUAUCACAACAGUGCUUCCAAUGUGUGGAUUUUAGAUUUAGAGAUGUAUUUAGAUGUAUUUCUUUUUGUCAGUAACUGGCUCUACAACUAUACUAAUAUAUGUAACAUUAUUCAGUUACCUCAAUGAUUAUACUACACAGGGGUUCUUUCUGUAAUACGAAUUCAAUAUAAAAGUUGAAUUCCUCACAUUUCUUAAAUCUACUAGAUAUGAAGGUAAAUAUGUUUUGCAUAGCUAAAAAAUAAACAGAAAUAGUGUAAUAUAUGAUUUUCUGUUUACACAAGAAUUACAUAUUUCAUCAUUAUAUAUUAAUAUAUUUUUGUGCAACAACAAAUAUAGAUAACAGAAUAUAUAUAGUAUCAUACAUGGAAUAUCGGUCUAUUUUAAUCUUUAUUUGU